AUGACACGAUUUGGAUUCCGCGUGGAAAGGGCUAUCCAAGCGCCACCGCCAACGGGGAAAACCAGAACAGAGAAAGAAAGAUCGCAGCAUGAGGUUGAAAGACGGAAGGGCAGGCGGAGGUUUAGGCUCGAAUCCCGUUCGACCAAGUGGCAAGCGGCACCCAUGACAGAGAUGGAUUCCUUCCUUCCAUGGCCACAGCCAACACCGUCACCAGUUCAAAGUUGUGAACGCAUAGUCCGUGACGGCCCGCUCCGAUUCGACUCUAAUGCUUCUUCGGGGAGCAAGAGGAAGCGCACAACGCCGUUGCCGAAGCCAUCCAUGCCACAAACGACUUCAGUCGGGCCAAAUCAAGCACCUAACCAACGGACCCUUGAAUCCGCAGGGAGCACGAUUUCCUUCGCCGGGAAGUGCCAAGAGGAAAACGAAAGGAGGAGCAAUGGCGAAGGAAAGGCCAAGGAGCGAGCAGUUGGAGAUGAUUCUGGGGCGUCGGGUCGGGAUUUGAGGACGAGGUUAGGUUGGGCUAGAUGCGGGAAAUGGUUGAACGUCGUCCCUGAGCUGUUACGUAUAAUCCUGAAAAUUUUCAAAGAGAGCAGGGCAGAAAGAAAUACAGACCGUCGCACACAUAAACAACGACGGCGACAACGCCACGACCUUCUGCGGCUUGCGUUAUUAAAUAAUUCGAAGAAGAGAAAGAAUACACCCGCCCAUCUAUCGAUUAAGAACCGCGCUGGUCUUCCGUUACGACCUGAGCACGGUCGGCUUCCAAGGAGAGUCUGCGUCCCGUCUUCGGCUGAAGAUGGCACAGUACGCUGCGUCCCCGUGAGCGAUAAACCAAGGCUCACAUCAUCGAGCAAAUUGAUUGUGACUAGGGAACCGCAAACCGGGCUCCUAAUCUAUCUUUAUGACGAAAGGGCAGGCUGCGUUUAUAUGGUCCCAAAAUUGAAACUCAUCCAGGCUCUUGACCGGGUAAUGCCGAAACGUGCUGUAUCUCAAUCAAAAGACGAAUUGUGGGAAUUACAGCGUUUGCUGCGGCGGUGGGGCGGUCAAACUUGUAAUAGUAUUGAGCAAAAUACGAAAUCUUCAGGUUGA